CGAAAACCAAAAACAUGCGCCUGCUAAAAUUUGUAGUCCUGGCUCUAGCCGCGCUCCUCCUCCCGGCGAACUGUGAGGCGGCGGUGGACGGGGUCGGGGGGAAUGGGUUCGCGAGGACGAGCGGGACGCGUUUCGUGGCGGACCGGAAGCCGCUGUACCUGAACGGGUUCAACGCGUACUGGAUGAUGUACCUGGCGUCGGACAACUCCACCCGGGACAAGGUCGCGACCGCGUUCCAGGAGGCCACCAAGAGCGGCAUGAACAUCGCCAGGACUUGGGCCUUCAGCGAUGGCGGCGGCCGGGCUCUCCAGACCUCCCCCGGCGUCUACAACGAAGACAUGUUCAAGGGGUUGGACUUUGUGAUAUCGGAAGCUCGGAAAAACAGAGUGUACCUGAUACUGAGCUUGGCGAACAACUGGAAGGACUUCGGAGGAAGGAAUCAGUAUGUGCAGUGGGCUCGGAACAGCGGACAGAACUUGACCAACGAUGAUGAGUUCUUCACCAACUCUGUCACCAAGGCUUAUUACAAGAAUCAUAUCAAGGCAGUGCUGACGAGAACGAACACGAUAACGGGAGUGGCGUACAGUGACGAUCCUAACAUCUUUGCAUGGGAACUCAUGAACGAGCCUCGUUGCCAGUCCGACCCCUCCGGCAAAUCUCUCCAGGGCUGGGUGAGGGAGAUGGCGGCGUACGUGAAGUCUAUCGACAGUAAUCAUAUGCUGGAAGUUGGCCUCGAAGGGUUCUACGGGCAAUCGGUUCCAGGAAAGCAGCAGAUCAAUCCUGGCGGUUUGCUUGCCGGGACUGAUUUCAUUUCCAACAACCAAGUCCUCCAGGUCGACUUCGCCACGAUACACAUGUACCCCGAACAAUGGAUGCCCAAUGCAAGUGAGGGGGAACAAGCCGCAUUUGUGGACAGGUGGGUGCAGGUCCACAUUCAAGACUCCAACACCAUCCUCAAGAAGCCGAUCAUACUUGGCGAGUUCGGCAAGUCGUCGAAGUCCCCGGGUUACAGCUUAGGGAAGAGGGACAGCUACUUCGGGAGGCUGUACGACGCGAUCUACACGAGCGCGAGCAGCGGAGGGUCGUGUGCCGGCGGCCUCUUUUGGCAGCUGUUUGCUCGGGGCAUGGAUAACUUCAGCGACGGGUACGAAGUCGUAUUGGAGCAGAGCCCCUCCACGGCCAGCAUCAUCGCGCAACAGUCUCGCAAGAUGUCGUCUCUCACAUGAAGAGAAGAGAAGACGACGAAGA